GUAUUCACUUUAUUUAAAGUGUGUGCGAGAGAGAGAGAGAGAGAGAGAGAGAGAGAGAGAGAGAGCGAUCAUCUUCUUCCUUCUUCUCCUCUAUUAUAAUAAAGUUGACCUCUUUUUCCCCGAGAAUCAAAAAAAAAAAACAAUGGUGGUGGAGCAGGAGCACAAGAAGACGAAGAGGUUCGCUCUGUUUCUCGCCACGCGCGACUCCGAGUUCGUGAAGAAAGCUUACGGCGGCUACUUCAACGUAUUCAUCUCCACUUUCGGCGACGAAGGCGAGCAAUGGGAUCUCUUCCGAGUCGUCGACGGCGACUUCCCCGACGACAAGGAUCUCGAUAGCUACGACGGUUUUAUCAUCAGUGGUAGCCCGCACGACGCGUUUGCAGACGCUGAUUGGAUCGUCAAGCUUUGCUCGCUUUGUCAGAAGCUCGAUGAGAUGGAGAAGAAGGUUCUCGGCAUCUGUUUCGGCCACCAGAUAAUAACUAGAGUCAAAGGAGGGAAAAUAGGAAGGGCUCGUCGAGGCCCAGACAUGGGACUGAGAACCAUAACCAUAUCAAAGGACACCGAGAAACUCGGCCUUUACUUUGGAGACGAGGUCCCGGCAUCUUUAGCCAUUGUAAAAUGCCAUCAGGACGAAGUGUUGGAACUCCCUGACUCUGCCACAGUCUUGGCCUCUUCCGAGGUAUGCCAAGUCGAGAUGUUCUCCAUUGGAGACCACUUACUAUGCAUCCAAGGUCAUCCCGAGUAUAACAAAGAGAUUCUCUUUGAGAUCGUCGACCGUGUCCUCAACAUGAAGCUUAUGGAGCAAGAGUUUGCGGAUAAGGCUAAGAGUACGAUGGAGGCCGCGGAACCAGACAAGGAUCUAUGGCAGAAGCUCUGUAAAAACUUUCUGAAAGGUCAAAUCUGAGCAUGUUUAGUUUCCUAUGCCAUGAAAACCUGCAACUUCCUUCAUAUUUAUUAUCUUCAACAGACAUUAAGGAAAAACAUGAAAACAAUCAGAAAUAAUCAUUUUAUAUUACCACCACCUGUU